ACAGAGAAAGAAAGAGAGAGAGAGAGAGAGACUACAAACACACACGGAGACACAGAAAUAGAUAGACUUUUCAGAAUCUAGGGUUUUCUAUUUUUUUCAGCGACUCAGUUUCGUCGUUUUGGUCUGCGGGAAAGAGAUUGGAAAUGGAGGGGGCGAGCAAUGGGGGGAUGUUGUACCACGAGGUACAAGAGUCGAAGCUGUGCGCGGUGCAUUGUGUGAACACGGUGCUGCAGGGGCCGUUCUUCUCUGAGUUCGAUUUGGCGGCGGUGGCGUCCGAUCUCGACAGCAAGGAGCGCCAGGUGAUGAUCCAGGGCGGCGCCUCCUCCGGCGACUUCCUCUCCGCCGAGUCCCACAAUGUCUCCUUGGACGGCGAUUUCAGUAUCCAGGUGUUACAAAAGGCUUUGGAGGUGUGGGAUUUGCAAGUGAUACCCUUUGAUUCUCCAGUUGCUGAGCAUGCCCAGGUUGACCCUGAGCUGGAAAAUGCAUUUAUCUGUCACUUGCAGGAUCAUUGGUUCUGCAUUAGGAAAGUGAACGGAGAAUGGUAUAACUUUGACAGUCUCUAUGCAGCCCCGCAGCACCUUUCCAAAUUUUACCUUUCAGCCUAUCUGGACUCUCUGAAAGGCUUCGGGUGGAGCAUUUUCCUGGUGAGGGGAAACUUCCCAAAAGAAUGUCCGAUGUCGUCGUCUGAAGCUUCCAAUGGUUACGGGCAAUGGCUGUCACCUGAAGAUGCUGAGAGGAUUACUAAAUCUUGCAACCCAACACAGGCUCCUCCUCAAAGCAUCAAUCAGAGUCAACAACCUUCUGAUCCAUUUCUUUUGUCUAGGGAAUCAGAAAUGUUUUCGGAGAUGGAAGACGAGGACUUGAAGGCUGCAAUAGCCGCCAGCCUGAUAGAUUCUUUACCGGCCCCUGCGGCUGCUACUGUCACCGCCACUGCCACCGUCACCGCCACUGCUACUGCUGAAACCAACACCCCACAAAACGAGGGUCAGAACAGUAAAGAAAUGAUUCAAUAAGAGGAAAUAGUUAUUUUUUCAGAUUUUUGUCGAGUUGUUGAGAGGUCAAUAUUCCUUGUCGGUUACACGGUGAAACUCAGAUCCUUGGCACGAGCUCAUUGAACUGUGCACUAUACACCUUUGAUUAUACUUUGCAAGUCGCAAAGAACAUUGUGAAAACCUUUAAGAAACCACCUCGGCUUUUGCCCC